AUGUCAUCAAAGAAUGACCAAGUUCCGAUUGAUUUAGCCAUCAAAGUUCUGGGGAAUUGGAAGGAGACCUAUAGAUGGAUACCAAUAUUUGGAGCUGUUGCUGCAAUUGCAAUGGCUUUUGUAACUGGUGCCAACAAUCUUCCAGCUCCGUUCUCAACACCUGUUGGAUCAAGGGCUUUGACACUUUUAAAGGCAUUUGCAUUGGCUUGUGCAAUCUAUGUUCCUGGGGCAGCCUUUGCGAAUUCCGGCAACACUGUCAAUGAUUUGUUUUCUGAUUUUCUCAAGGAAAAUCAGCCAAGUGAAAGUUUCUUGAUGUGGAGCAUGGUAGUUGUUCUCGUCACGGCAGCAAUUUGGCUUGCUCUGGCUACAAAUAUGCAGCUGCCAGUCUCAGCUCAACAAUCAAUGCAAGGUGCUCUUUUGGGAACUAUACUUGUUACUGAAGGUUUUAGCUACAUGCCCCUCUGGAAUAAGAAUGAAAAUCACAAUUUCAAUGGUGGAGGACUUGUUUGGAUAUUUGUUGAAUGGACUGUUGCGCCAUUCAUUGCCUGCGUAUGUGCAUUCUUCCUCUUUACUGUCAUGAAGGCUUCUCUACUUCGCGGUGAAAAUACCGAAAAAAGGAUUCUUGUUUUUCUUCCAAUUGGCUAUGGAAUAUCUGCUGGACUGCUUUGCCUCUUUCUCAUGUUUCAGGUCAUACCAUAUAAAACAGCUGUUAAUAGUUGGGUUGCUAUUGUUGCAGUUGCAGCUGCGACCAUGACUGGAGCGCUAUUAUCUUCGGUUGUGGUGGUUCCUUCGGCCAUGAAAAAAUUAAAUGCGGCCAAAAAGUACAAGACCAUGAAGAGAAACAUGUCUCAAUCCAUAGAGAAAAAAAGCAUAGAAAGUCAAGAUCAAGCAUGCAAUACAAAAUCUUCAGAUGAUGAAGCACAGUUUGAAGAAGCCUUAAAAGACUUCAUGCAGAUGAGAGUCCUUGAUACUGUGUAUGAAGAGGAGGACGAAAAGAGCUGGGCUUCACCGGACUCAAUACAAGAACCUGAGCCUGUGCCUGCUCAUGAUCAUUCAAUUUCUGAAGAUCAGUCUAAUACAGAGAAAUCUACUUCAUUCAAACAGUUGCUUCAAUCUUCACCAAACCUGGAUCAAACAAGGCACUUUCAGAAGAUUGACAAAGCAACACCUGUCGAAAAUGCCUUCCGGUUCAUAAAAAGUUCAUCAAAAUCAGUUUUCUCUCCUGCAAUCGAAUACGACAGACAGACCCUUGUCCGCCACGCUUUAGCUGAAAAAUAUGAUGAUAUGGAAGGCUUCUUCAGUUCCCCACAGCUUAUAGCUUCAUGUAUCUUCGCAGUCAUUCAAUCUGCUAAUGAAGUAUCUGCCAUUGUAAGUCCAUAUGGAGCUAUACUUGAUAUUUUUCGACACAGAGAAAAAUAUUCUGGAAAUGGGGAAGAUGUGGAACCAAUCCAUGUGACUUGGUGGUGGUUUAGGGCAAUUGGUGGGUUUGGUGCUGCAAUUGGUUUCUUAGUCUGUGGGAGGAGGCUGACUCAGUGUCUAGGUGGGAAGCUGACAUAUAUAAGUAACUCAAGAGGCUUAGCAGCACAAUUGUCCGCAGUGGCAACAAUGAUUUUGGUCCAUAAGAUUAAUCUUCCUGUUUCAAGUGUUCAUGCUUUUGUUGGAUCAUUAGUAGGAGUUGGGAUUGCAGAUGACCCUAGAAAUGUAAACUGGAAGCUCCUGUUCAAGUUCAUAUGCGGGUGGGCGCUUACCAUAGUGUUUUGUUCUGGGGUUGCUUAUGCCCUCUUCACAGUGUCUAUUCACUCCCCAGCCUAUGUGGUGCCCUGA